AUGGCGACAAACGACUACUCCGACUGGCGGCUAGAUGACGCAGCUGAAGAUAUCGAGGUGGACUACUCAGCCUGGGAGACCACCUCCAAGGAUGCGAUCAUCCUUGCCAUCCAAUGCAGUGAAUCAAUGCACACUGUGCGAGAAGAGCUAUUGAAGAGCGAAGAUGAGGAUGAGAAGGGAAAGGGGAGAGGCAGGACAAGUUUUGAGAUUGCGUUGCGAAGCACCGUCGAGCUGCAAAAGAGGAAGGUCGUCGUCGGACCGAACGAUUCAGUCGGGAUCGUCUUCUGGGACACAGUGCGCUCCUUUGCCUUUUCACAAAAGCAAGGGGACUAUCGGCAUAUGUACGUGUAUAAAGAGGUGGGGCUCAUCACGGCCGAGAGCAUACAGGAGCAGAUGCAUCUACUUGCUCGUGCGCAAGAGAAGAACCCGACUUACCUGAGAAAACGUUUCCAGCCGAGUACAGAACACAUGCCCAUCAGCGAUAUGCUCACAGCGUGUAACGCUAUGCUACGUACAGGAGCGCCGAAAAGCGGCACACAUCGGAUAUUCCUUCUGACCGAUGAAGACGACCCCACUGCUGGCCUGCCGGCAGACCGACGUAUCAAGCUCCUUCAAUCUGCUCGCACUCGCGCAGGCGACACGUACGAAAAGGGUUGGAAUAUCAUACCUUUCUUUAUAUCCACUCCAGAGCACACAUUCGAUCCGAGCAAAUUCUGGAGAGAGGCGCUCUCGCGCGAAGGGGAGGAAGGCGGGAGUAGCACGGGCGAGGGUGACCUGGUGUCCGGAUUUGAGGAGCUCCUGAGGGAGAUGCAAGUUAGGGAGAUACCGAGGAGAACGUUGUUCCACGUCCCUCUCAUCUUGGCCGAGGGGAUCACUAUUGAUAUCAAGGGGUAUGGGCUCGUGACUGUGCAGAGCAAGGGACAAUAUAAGUAUCUUGCGGAUCGGGAUGGGAUGCUGAAGGAAGCAACCGUCAAGACAACCUAUAUUGACAAGGAUGACCAAGGUGAAGUCCCCAAAACUGACAUUCGAUACGCGUUACCCUUCGGCAAGACCUGGGGUGACGAGCAGCAAGACGAGCCCAUGGAGGUGGACGAGACCGAAGAGAAGAAGCCAAAGAUGCGCGGUCGGCGGGGAAAUAUACUUGUCGUAGAAGGCGUGCCUGCGGUCACGCGACACGAAGUGUUGUUUACCCCGGAGAGGAUGAAGGAGCUGAGGAGCAUGGUCCUCGAGCCGAGCAUCAAGCUGCUCGGGUUCAAGGAUCGCGGGGAGCUCACAUUCUUUGAUAAUGUGAAACAUUCAGUGUUUAUCUAUCCAUCAGAAGAUGACUACACAGGGAGCACACGCACCUUUGCCGCCCUGCUACAAUCCCUCAUCAAGAAAGACAAGAUUGGCAUAGCGCUCUCGGUCACACGACGUGGCUACACCCCGCAAUUCGUCGCUCUCCUUCCGCGACAAGAGGAGCUGGACUCUGACACUGGUGCCCAACUCCUUCCCCCAGGACUACAUAUGAUCCCUUUCCCCUUCGCGGACGAUAUUCGCGAGUCGGCCUACGAUCAGCUGAUGCAAUGCACCGAACAUGAGAAAGACGCCGCAUUGGCUUGGAUCAACAAGCUCACGAUCCGCGCAGGAUACGACGCGGAUAACUACCCUAACCCGACCCUCAGGCUGCAUUACAAGAACUUGGAGGCCGCGGCAUUUAAUGAAGCGUUUGAUCCGAGCGAGUUUGAGGAUUUGACUGUACCGAAUUAUGCGUCGAUUCAAAAGCGCGCCGGCAAGCUCAUUGAGCAAUUCAAGGAUUCGGUUGAUGCCGAUAAGCGAAGCGCAGGUGUCGUGGCUGUUGCAACGGGCGCUAAGCGACAAGCGGAUACAACAGUUGACGAAGCAGAAGUUCGCGCGAAACACAGCAGUGGACAGAUUAACAAGCUUACUGUCGUCCAACUGACAGGCUUCUUGAGAGGCAGAGAUAUCGUGCCGAGUGGAAAAAGGAAGGCGGAGUUGGUGGAACAGGUGGAGCAGUAUCUGUCGAAGCAUGGUUGA